CCGGUACUUUUGAGUACCCCCCCUUUCCAGGAAGCAGCAACAGCAGCGAUCGAUUGUUCUUACACUCGGCUUUUGCGGGCUGGUUUUGGGCGAUCGGUUGUGCGCCGCUCAGCUUUUGAACCUUGGUUGGUCCGGGGCGAAGGAAACCGACAUGGCAGGGAAGCGCGCGAGCUUCGAGGUCCGGAUAAGACCCGCGGCGGCUACAUUAGGACUUAAAAUAUUACAUUUAAACCCCAGCAAUACCUGGUUAAAAAUGAAGAAGAAUGCAGACAAGCUUAGUUGAUCUAUGCAGUUGUCAUCAUCUAUAGACCUUAAGGGUUGGGCUGAGACUAUCCUCUCCAAGAAGCCGCAGUCUCUCCAAGAAGCCGCAGUUGUGAAGACAUUGCUUCUCUGCAUAUCGAUUUUGAUCUCCAGCGGAAGGGACUUUCAGCAGGGUCUUCCUGCUGAUCUUUGCCCCUGCCUGGGCUCCUAAUCAAAGCAGCCAUGGAGGAGGCCAGCACUGUGGAGGAAGGUGAAGUCACCUCGGGGAUGCAGUCCUUGGCAGUGGAAGAUGAGCCUUCCUCAGAGCUACCUCCGACCACCGAGGAACAAGAUGACGCAGCCGGGGAGAGAGAUGGGGAGCAGUCGGCGAAGGGAGACGAAUCGGCCGAGGAGGAUUGGUGCGUCCCCUGCAGCGAUGAGGAACUGGAGUCCCCAGACAGCUGGAUGCCUCCCCCUGAGGAGAUCCGGCGCCUCUAUGAGCUCAUUGCUGCCCAGGGGACCCUAGAGAUCCAGGCAGAGAUCCUACCCCGGCGCAACCCUACCCCAGAGCCUGACAGCGAAGAUGAGGAUAAAUCUGAUGGGCAGCUGGAGAACCAGGAAGAAGAGGAGGAAGAGAAGCCCCACGUGCCAACGGAGUUUGACUUUGAUGAUGAGCCUGCCUCCCCUAAGAGCUCCUUGAUCAAUCGUCGAAGAACUCCUGGGACCUCAGCUAAGAGCCAGAAGAGGGAGGCUCGCAUGGACAAGGUGCUGUCAGAUAUGAAGCGCCACAAAGUCUUAGAGGAACAGAUAAUGAAAACGGGCCGAGACCUCUUUGACCUUGACUCAGAUGACGUACCCACUCCAAAACGGCCACCUGGUCUUUUCCUGCGCCAGCGCAAAUAUUGAGUGCAGUGGAGACAACAGGACCUUUUUAAAUCCUUUCAGCCCAAGUGGAACUGUGGACUCAUGGAUUCAAUACAAGGGGAAGGAAAUUACUGGACGGACCCAUUGGUUCAGACAAUGUACUUUGGUUUGCAUCUUGCACUGACUGGCAGGAAGCACUUGCUUUGGGUUACUUGAGUGUAAAUAAAAGCUAGUGAGUUUGUUUUUA